AUGGAUAUCCCAAUCGACCCCGCCCUCGCGGAGCAGUCAAAAGAGCUUGGAGCGACGUCCACUGCACCAGUGAUCGGGGAUGACGCGACGCGCGCUUUCGACGAAGCCACUCCACCGCCUCCCUCGAGCGAAAAUUGCGAUCCGAUCGAAGACCCAUUCCAGCCCGCCUUAGAAGUUCUACAACGGCUGGAGCGGGAUGACCCCAAGCUGGCCGCCCAAGGCGCACGUCUGUUGAGCAUUUACGGACGCAUCUGGGAGUCGUGUCAGGCCAAGCGCGUCGAUGUUCAGCGACUCGAAACCGCGAAUCAAGAGCUACGAAGCAGUAAUACUCAGCUCUGUCAGGAAGGCCACCGCCUGAGGCUACAGCAAGAUGACCAGCUCGCCCGGCUGUACGCAUUCGACCAAUCGCUGGACAGCUCUCGGCGCAGACUUCUUGACAUCCUCUCAGAGUGGAACAGUCGCCCGGUGAGCCGUAUAGCUAACCCGCCAGAAGCACUUGAAGAACUUCCGUGA